AUGACAUACGGUCAGACGGUAAACGGCCCGAAGACCUACGGCCAGGUUAAAUACGGCCUGACGACCUACGGCCUCACGACCUACCGCCUAACGACCUACUGCACGACAACCUUCGGACUUUUGACCUACGGCCUGACGACCUACUGUAUUGGUAUGACGACCUAUAGCCUAACAACCUACGGUAUGACAACAAACGGUUUGACAACCUACGGUCUGUUGACCUACGGUCUAAUGACCUAUGGUCUGACAACCCCCGUCCUGACUAUUAACAGCUUGAAGACCUAUGGCCUGACAACCUACAGCAUAAUGACCUACGGCCUGAUGACAAACGGUCUGAUGACGAACGACCAGAUGACCUACGGCCUGACCACCUACGACUUAGCUUCCUGUGGGUGA